AUGCCUUCAGACGACCAUCUCUUCAAUCUGGCAAAAGAGCGCGAGUUCUAUAGAUUUAUUCCGCCGGACCACGUCUCCUACCCCUACGCCCCCUUUGACGCCGCCGGUCGAAAAGCCUUUGUUCCAACACCCUCGCGAGACAAUGCCCUGACUUCGUUCGCCCAGCUGGGCGCCAUGAGACUCGGUGCCCUGCGUGCAAUCAUUUCGCUUUUCACUCCGACGCAGCAGUAUAUCGUUGCCGAGGCGACCGGCUCCCCUGAUGACGAUAUACUAGCAGGAUGCUGCGUUCUGCCCAUCGAGAAGAGCAUCUGCGUGGAUAUCAGCACGCCCGCUUCGGACCGUCCCAAUCCCACGCUGAUGCGAGACGGCGCCCUCGUUAUCUCGGAUCUAGACGAAAGCCAAAAUGCAGAGCGGUACGCGAUACCGAAACAACUCUUCAACGGCCGAUUUUACGUGGGCGUUCCGAUCAUCACACCGAGGGGAAACACCGUCGGGUCGUAUGCGGUUCUUGACCCGCAGCCGCGGCCGUCUGGUGUGGACGACCGGUCGAUAGCCUUCAUGAGGGACAUGGCUGCGACGGUAAUGAGAUACCUCGACACGAUGCACUUGAAGUAUGAGCAUGCUCAAGCUCGCAAGAUGAUCGUUGGUCUGGGGAGCUUUGUGGAGGGGAAGGCCACGCUGCGGGAUUCGUGGCUGGAGUCGAACGAGCAGGAUGGUGCGAGGGGUCGGACUGGCGAUGAGGCUGUGGAAGGCCUGUUGAAUAAACGCCAGCAGGAUUUGCAGGAAGCCCGAGACACCACUCGGCGACAGCUUCCGCACCGUCCGGCUAAGGAUGAUUCUUCAUCUCCCGACAGUGACCGAUUGGAUACAAAGCCCAAAGACGGGAAGAAGGUGCAAGAAGUACCCGAUGUACGACCCGGCAGGCACAGGAGGAAGGAGUCACUGCAGGAAAAGGCCACUUUCCGGGCGGAGCCUUCCAGCGACAUUCUUCCCGACGACGAUGGCGUGCAAGGUGCGCUGCAAGAGAUAUUUUCUCGAGCGGCAAACCUGAUUCGCGAGUCUAUCGCGGUGGAAGGCGUGGCCUUCCUCGACGCUAGGGUCGAGUCCUUCGGUGGCCUGGUGGGAUACGAGUUCCAUCAGGACCGCGAACCUCGUUCAGGAAGUGAUACCACAACGACUAGCGAAGACAGUCUUGACUCCGGCCAAGACGAGAGCACGACCACCUGUCGAACUCUGGGAUCUUCUACUUCGCACUUUUCCACCAUCGACGCCAAUUCCAAAUCUGGAUCGAAGUUGACGGUUCACAAAUACCCGGUCCGUGAAGACUUGCUCAAGGCAAUGAUGAAUCGGUACCCUAGUGGCAAGAUAUUCAACUACAACGAAGACGGGUCGUUAUCAGACGAUAGUAACAACAGCGGGUCUACCGCAACCUCGAGGAGAUCUGGAUCAACCAAGAACUCCAAGAGACGGAAGCGAAGCCACGAGCAGGAUGCGGAUGACCUGCACAAAGUCCUCGACGGCGCCCGCAGCGUCAUCUUUCUGCCGCUGUGGGAUUCCCAUAAAUCAAGGUGGCUGUCAGGGCUGCUUGUCUGGACCAAGACGCCGCACCGUCUCUUCACGGCCGAGAACGAACUUGCGUACCUGCGGGCUUUUGGCAAUAGUGUCAUGGCCUCGGUGCACAAGCUCGAUAUCGAAAUGGCCGACAAAGCAAAGACCAACCUCGUCAGCAGCAUCUCGCAUGAACUGAGAAGCCCCUUGCAUGGGAUUCUCGGCACGGCCGACAUCCUGAGCGACACCGCCAUGAAUGCAUUGCAAUAUGGAAUGGUGCACACGAUCGAGUCAUGUGGAAGAACGCUGUUGGACACGAUCAACCAUCUGCUGGACUUUACGUACAUCGACAAAUUCAAGAAAGACCGCGGUCCGAAGCGCAAGCAUGCCAAACCGUCCAUUCCUUCAGACCAGGACCGAGGAAGCCUCAAGCGCAACCCCUCGAGUAGCAGCGAGAAUACCUUUGCCGAUACGCAGCUGGAUGCGGUCCUCGAAGAGGUUGUCGAAAGCAUCUUCGCGGGUCACAGCUUUUAUCAUCACACGCGAAGAGGCGGCGGUGGGUCAAAGACCGCUGUUAUCUCGGCGAAGCAAGUCACCAUUAUCUUCGACAUCCAAGAAGCCGACGAAUGGAGAUUCUACACGCAAGCGGGAUGCUGGAGACGUAUCUUGUUGAACGUUUUCAGCAACGCACUCAAAUACACGCAGCAAGGAUUCGUCUACCUAGGACUGAAGGUGGUGGAAGGGGCAGAGGACGCAGGCCCUCGCCGAUCAAGCAAUGAGUCCUCGGACUCCGAGACUGGCGCCACCAAGUGCACCGUGGUUCUGACAGUCAAAGACACCGGUCAGGGGAUUGGAGCUGCAUUCCUGCGUAACGGCCUCUUCACACCUUUCUCGCAAGAAGAUGCCCUCGCCCCAGGCAGCGGCCUUGGCCUCUCCAUUGUCCGCAAAGCGCUUGCGUCUCUGCACGGGACAAUCGAAGUGAGCUCAGAGAAAGACAAAGGCACCGAGAUAACCAUCCACGUCCCCAUGUCUCUUGUCCCAUCGACCUCGGACGAAUCCUCAACAACCGCAGCAUACCGAUCCAUCCGACAGGAAGCCCAGGGCAAGACGCUCGGCCUAGUCGGAUUCGGCUCGUCCCUCGCCUCCGAACGAGACGCGACGCUCUCGAGCUCUCUAACCCGCCUGUGCGAAGAAUGGUUCCAUCUUUCCGUCAAAAAGGUCUCCCUGAAAGACAACCCGCCGACCGCCUGCGAUUUCUACCUGAUGGUGCACACGGACCUCGACGACCCCGACGCGGCAGGAAACCAAGCGCUCAACCUCGACGAGCCAAACAAGCUGUCCCCCCUCAUCGUCAUCUGCCAAUCGCCCGAGGCAGCGCAUCGGAUGUUCGCGAGAUCCCAAAGUCACAACCGCGAGUCCAUCAUCGAGUUCAUCAGCCAGCCCUGCGGGCCUCGCAAGCUCGCCAAAACGCUCGAGUUAUGUCUCAGGCGCAUGGAGGGCAAUGACGCAGCCCAGGGCGAGGAGACACGGUGGGUCGAGAUCCCCGAGUCCUCGCAUCUCCCACUCGACAUCGGGCCGCGCGAUGCACCAGACGAACGAAUGAAAGUCAGCAAACGGCCCGCCACCGAGACCAAAGAAGUGCAAGACGUCGAGGCACAGAUUACACACGAAAUCAGAGCGCAACAAGCUGGCGAGCAGCAGCAGCACCUCAAGAACUCGCUAACAGAGAGUCUCUCCCCGGCAAGUGAAAAAGCCCCAGACCCAGGCUCCGUCGGCCCCGCAACUCCAACCGAGGAGGCAGGGGCCAAGGGCUCAGACCCAGACUCAAGCAACACCAACCCACCCCCCACCGUCCUCCUCGUCGAAGACAACCGCAUCAACCUCGACAUCCUAGUCGCCUACACCAAAAAAGAAGGCUGGACCAGCGCCACCGCCCGAAACGGCCUGGAAGCGUACGAGACGUUCGCAGCGCACCCGGGCAAAUUCAGCCUGGUGAUCAUCGACAUUUCCAUGCCCGUCAUGGACGGGUUCGAGGCCAGCCAGAAGAUCCGGCAGUUCGAGCGGCGGUAUUUCGAUGAGUAUCCGGAGAAACGGCCGCCUUGGGGUGCGACGACCAUCGCGGCGCUGACGGGGCUGGACAGUAAGGAUGCGCAGCAGGAGGCGUUUGCGAGCGGGAUUAAUGUGUUUCUGACGAAGCCGAUGAGUCGUGGGAAGGUGAGGGAGUUGUUGAAGUCGUUGUGA